GCCUCGUCUUCCUGGGUCUCUAACUUGUCUGGACGAGUACGGAGCGUACGCCUCCGACGCGAAGCGGCUUCGGCGGCCGGGGCGGCGAGCCCCAGAGGCGGCGGGCGGGAUGAACGCGGCGCAAGGCGGAGCGGUGCGGACGCUACGGGUGCCGGGCCGCCACGGCUACGCCGCCGAGUUCUCCCCGUACCUGUCCGGCCGCCUGGCCUGCGCCGCCUCGCAGCACUACGGCAUCGCGGGCUCUGGAACUCUGCUAAUAUUGGAUCAAAAUGAAUCUGGGCUUAGAAUCUUUAGAAGCUUUGACUGGAACGAUGGUUUGUUUGACGUGACCUGGAGUGAGAACAACGAACAUGUCCUGGUCACCUGUAGUGGUGAUGGCUCGCUGCAGCUCUGGGACACUGCCAAAGCCGCAGGGCCACUGCAAGUCUAUAAGGAACACACUCAGGAGGUGUACAGUGUUGAUUGGAGCCAAACCAGAGGCGAACAGCUUGUGGUGUCUGGUUCAUGGGAUCAAACCAUCAAACUGUGGGAUCCAACUGUGGGAAAGUCUCUGUGCACCUUUACAGGCCAUGAAAGUGUCAUUUAUAGCACAAUCUGGUCUCCCCACAUCCCUGGUUGCUUUGCUUCAGCCUCAGGUGAUCAGACUCUGAGAAUUUGGGAUGUGAAGGCAACAGGCGUCAGAAUUGUGGUUCCAGCACAUCAAGCAGAAAUUUUGAGCUGUGACUGGUGUAAAUACAAUGAGAAUUUGCUGGUGACGGGGGCAGUUGACUGUAGUUUGAGAGGCUGGGACUUGAGGAAUGUUCGACAACCAGUGUUUGAACUUCUUGGUCACACUUAUGCUAUUAGAAGAGUGAAAUUUUCACCAUUUCAUGCUUCGGUGCUGGCCUCUUGCUCCUAUGAUUUUACUGUAAGGUUCUGGAACUUUUCAAAGCCUGACCCUCUUCUCGAAAUAGUGGAACAUCAUACAGAGUUUACUUGUGGUUUAGAUUUAAGUCUUCAGAGUCCUACUCAGGUGGCUGACUGUGCUUGGGAUGAAACGAUAAAGAUAUAUGAUCCUGUUUGUCUUACUGUGCCUGCUUGAGACACACAAAGAAUAUUGGUUGAAGAACUACUUAACAGGAAAUAAAUUUACUACUGAUAACAUAGUCAUUAUGCUUUUAUAUGCCAUUCAGAUUUCAAAUUUUAAAAACUUACCCUGGACUGGUUGUGAGGCAGCUGAUACAGACUUUGGCUCAUCAUUUAAGCCUGGUACAUAGCCAUAUUUCUUAAAAUCCUACGGAAUAAUUGAUGUUAUGGUAUAUCUUACAGUGUCUACGAAAAUGUAACCUCUGUAUUAUAAAAUGGAUUAAAACAUGGGCGAUCAUAGAUUAUAUUGAUAGUGAUAUAUUUCAUUUGUAAUUUGUAAUUUUUGAUGUAAAAUAUAAUCACUGUUGAUAAAAAUCAAAAUAAACUGCAUCUCUUGAUCCUUUAUUA